AUGGUGGCUAUCGGUAUAGAUUUAGGUACAGUGUGUUCGUGUGUGGCUGUUUGGCGUAACAACAGUGUGGAAGUGAUACCAAAUGAGCAAGGAGAUAAAAUAACGUCAUCGUAUGUCGCCUUCACACCAAAGGAACGAUUAAUAGGUGAGCCCGCGAAAAACCAAGCGUCCGUCAAUGCGGCAAAUACGAUUUUUGGCGCGAAACGUCUGAUUGGGCGUCGAUUUGACGAUAUUGGUUUGCAGAUGGACUUGCGCCAUUUCCCUUUCCAUGUUGUUAAUGUUAAUGGUAAGCCAAAAAUUGUGGUGCGCCACAGAAAUGAAAAAAAGUUAUUUUCACCGGAAGAAAUAAGUGCAAUGAUACUUUUCAGGAUGAAGGAGCUUGCUGAAUCGUUCUUAGGUUGUACAGUUGAUAAGGCCGUUGUUACAGUUCCAGCGUAUUUCAACGAUACUCAGCGUCAGGCCACGAGGCUUGCUGGCACUAUUGCAGGUUUAGAAGUUAUACGUAUCAUCAAUGAGCCGACUGCAGCCUCCCUUGCUUUUGGUUUGAGUAAGAAUUUGAAAGGAGAUAGAAAUAUUCUCAUUUAUGAUUUAGGUGGUGGUACUUUCGAUGUGUCGAUAUUGAAUGUUGGGGAUGGUUUGUAUGAAGUAAAAGCAACUGGUGGUAAUUCUAGAUUGGGAGGUGAGGAUUUUGACAACCGUAUAGUGGCUUAUUUUGCAGAGGAUUUUUUCAAACGCUUUGGAAAGGAAGUUAAAAAUACCAAAUCACUGAGGCGACUUAGAUUCGCCGCUGAAAGGGCGAAGAGAGUUUUAACAUCUGCUGAAGAAGCGACUGUAUAUAUCGAGUCACUUAAGGACGGAAUUGAUUACAAGGGUCGUAUCACCCGAGCCUUGUUUGAGCAGAUGUGCUCGGAUUUGUUCAAAGAUACGCUUAAAUCUGUACAAAAAGCGUUGAUGGAUGCUGGUAUGAAAAAAAAUGAUAUACAUGAAGUAAUUUUAGUUGGUGGCAGCACUAGAAUACCAAAGAUUAGAAACAUGCUAAGUGACUUUUUUGGUGGAAAAGAGUUAACGAGUUCUAUCAAUCCCGAUGAAGCUAUAGCUUGUGGCGCAGCCAUACAAGCAGCUAUUUUAACUGGUGACAAAAGCGAAAAACUUCAAGAUUUACUGCUCGUUGAUGUCGUACCACUGUCGUUAGGUAUAGAAACAGUUAGAGGUGUAAUGUUUAAAGUUGUUGAGCGCAAUACUCCCAUACCUUGCCGUAAGGUCAAAGAAAUAACUACUUUAGAAGAUUACCAAACUUCGAUGACUAUCGAAGUAUUUGAAGGAGAGAGAGCUCUUACUAGAGACAAUCGCUUACUAGACGUCUUUGAAUUACAAAAUAUUCCUCCAGUGCCGAGAGGAAUAGCUAAAAUUGAUCUGAUAUUUGAUAUUGAUGUUAAUGGAAUAUUAACGGUUUCUGCUGAAGAUAAGAGUACUGGUAAUAGCAAUAGCAUAACAAUAGAAAAUGUUAAUAGAUUAUCACAACACGAAAUAACUAGAAUGAUAACCGACGCUGAAAAAUUUAGAGAGGAAGAUACUGAAAAUAAAUGCCGUUUAGAAGCUAGGAACCAAUUGGAAACAUACAUAUAUAAUGUGAAGCAAUCUGUUGUUGAAAAUUUGGAAAGAUUGAGUGGAGUGGAAUGUGCGGCCAUGAUUGGAGAAUGUAAGGAAGCCCUCGCGUGGUUGGAUGAGAAUCCGGAGUGCUUAAAAGAAGAGUAUGAAAGAAAAAUGUCUGAACUUCUUAGAGCUUGGUCCUUUAAAAUACAAAAACUAGAUAAUGCAUCUCAUAGAACAAAGAGGCAGAGAAAUAACUCGAAUCAAUAUUCUGAGGCUGCAGAACAGAUGGCUAUUAUAGAACAAGUGGUAGAAGAUCAA